AUGCCGCCAAGAUUCAGGAGAGGAGGACGAGGAAAGGGGCCGAUCAGCGCCCCCAACGAUCACGAAGCCGGGCCUUCGCACCGGCGGACUCCUUCCACUACUAGGAGUGCCGAUCCUCAAGAACCCUGGAGGACUUAUGUGGAGCCGGCUAGACGAUCGAUCUCGCAUAGCUCAACGCCUCCUUACUACAAUUCCUAUGGGCCGCAAUCAGAAAACGAGCCCGAAGGCUCGCGCCACUCCUUCAUAUCAUUACAGCGAUCCCUAUCGCACCAUUCCUUUGGCGACCCCACUCCUGUCUUUCAGAGCCGGUUUAACCCGGCAAACUACAUACAAGAACCAGUGGGUGUUAACCCACUAGGACCUGAAGACCAUUUCUCGAGAGACCAAGCAAUGGACAUGGACGAGGACACGGAUCCCGUCGAGCCUGCGACCGGGACCCCCAACCAUCCUAUUGAGGUCUCUGAUGGUUCGUCUUUUCAUGGAUCACCCUACCGUGGUCCAGACAGUUACCAGGCAAGGUUUAACCAAUAUGAGUGGUACUUUACACCCUCUCAUCACUCAUCGCCCCACCAGCAGCAACAGCAGCAGCAGGAUCCCUCUGAGGAUUCGCGUUUCAUGGAGGUCACGCCACCGCCACCACUGCCGGCAGUAUAUCAAGCACCUCCGGAACCACCAAGGUGCAGAAGAUCAGGCGUACGAAUGUCCGUAUGA